CACACACACACACACACACACACACACACACACACACACACACACACACACACACACACACACACACACACACACACACACACACACACACACAAACACACACACACACACACACACACACACACACACACACACAGUGCCCUGUGAAGUGCGGUUUUUUGGUGGAGGACAGAUUUGGAUUGGUGUGAACGGCGAAGCGAUUUGCACGUCCUCGCUCUGCGGUGUGGUGCCGGCGGUGCCGCUUGAGCGGCUCGCCUUGCCCGGUGGGCCCUGUCGCGAGGGUCUUGCCCGAUCCUACACAGAAAACUUUUUUUACUGAACUUCAGUAAAAUUUUACUGUAAUUUUUUUAACUGAAGUUUCAGUAAUCCUUUCAGUAAAAAGAAUGUUUACUGAAUCAUUCAGUAAUGUCCGGUGCUCACCAAAAUGACAGCUCGUUUACUGAAAUCCCAGUAAAGCCAUUCUCAUAUUACUGAGACGUUUGAUAUGACGUUUGACGUUUAAUUGUUCGGCCGCAUUUCCGUCGCGCUCCGUGAUUUUUCAAUAAUUUUCUUGUGUUUUCUGCGUCGCAUCGCAUUGUUGCCUAUUCUACGGACUACUAAACUGUUUAACAUCAUCGUUUCGUCUUGUCGAAUUGUUAGGUUGCAUCACAACUGUGGUUUCCUGCUGUUUUUUCCUGCUCGGCUUAGCAGUGUUGUGCUGAGAUUACGCGUGAUUUCGCGAUGGCGGCUAUUUGCUUCUCGUGUGCUGAACCGCUAGAGGCCACCGGCUGCAUCAUCAGUUGUGCAUAUUGUAACGCUACGUUCCACCGCGGCUGUUGCAAAUUGCCCCCCGAGCUGAUUGACGCAGUAUUGUCCAAUGUCGACCUGCACUGGAGCUGCAUUGGCUGCACUAACAUGCUUAAAAAUCCGCGCUGCCGUUCGGUAAAAGAAAUAGGCGCCCAGGUCGGUUUCCAAGCCGCCCUCAACUCAGCUGUAGCAGCUAUUGGCAAGCUCGUUGAGCCUAUUGCCGCCGAAGUUCGCAGUGGUUUUACCCUCCUUCAAACUGCAUCCACGCCUCACAAUCGGAACUCUGAUCCUCGACCAGCUACUAGUAGAAAGCGGAGGCGCAUAAUCGAGGAUUCGACAUCUCCUGGUGUAAACAAAAUUGUAAACAGUCGCGGUAACAUCCUUUGUGCCGCGUCAUCGCCAAACGCAUACACCAACACCACGAUUGGCGUCCAGCCGGCACCUACACAACCGCAUGAACUGGUGGGAACCGAUCCGUUAUCAUCACCGCUUCAAGCUGCACCUCGUGAGCCAUUCACAGAUAGGAUCUGGAUCCGCCUAUCCCGCUUAUCAACGGCCGUCACUGUGGAACAAGUGGUCGCUUCUGUAAAGCGUCGCUUAGCCACCGAUGACGUUAUAGCGUAUUGCCUGCUGAGAAGAGGGGUUAGUGUGGACAGCAUGAAUUGGCUUUCAUUCAAAGUGAGGGUCCCGGCUAUCCUUCGGGAUGCGGCACUCACACCAUCCACCUGGCCCGUCGGUAUCGGUGUACGUGAGUUUUUUCAAUCCCGUCAACACGACCACCAAACCUCAUCUCCUAUAGCCACCCGAAACCGCUUUACAACACGCACACCAGCUACUAGUACUGAUCACCACUACCCCACACGCACACCAACAACGACUCACCAUUUAGCCGCACGCACGUCUACUCCACCUGGUCCUGAAACAACAUCAUCACAACAGUGUUACCCCCCGGUGAAUGAUACCUUGGAAGCACCCAACUCAACACUUGUUUCUGGACCGCCCCAAAACCACCGUGCUUCAUCUCCGCACCUACACCAGUCUACAAUCGAUCGCUUUUUUCUCAACUAGACGAAGUUCCGCUCAUUGCACGCAACAAACACGACAAGCCUCAUGCUCUGACAACGCAGCUCAAUUGACUUACCGUAUACCCGCUUUAUCCAACCGCCACAAUGACAACGCUACCGCUGAGUAUUUAAGCUGCUAUUAUCAAAAC